CACACCCCCAUUAACCAUAUUGGCUCCAACAAAAACUAAAUUUUUUUAUUUUUUGUUCAAAAGCUUCAUUCUUUCAAUAAUUCUUUAUCUUUUACGAUCAUUUUGGAUCUCAAAGGUGCAACAAAAAAAUGGCUCAAGGAACACUUGAAGUUCUUCUUGUUGGUGCUAAGGGCCUCGAGAACACUGAUUUUCUCAAUAACAUGGACCCUUAUGUGAUCCUCACAUGCCGUAGCCAGGAGCAAAAGAGCAGCAUUGCUUCAGGCAAAGGAUGUGAUUUAGAGUGGAAUGAGAAUUUCAUUUUUUCUAUAUCAGACAGCGUCGAGGAACUUACAUUGAAAAUCAUGGACAGUGACGCUGGUUCUCAGGAUGACUUUGUUGGAGAAGCAAGCAUUCCACUUGGAGCACUGUUUACGGAAGGAAGCCUACCAUCAACAGCAUACAAUGUAGUAAAAAAUGAAGAAUAUAAAGGAGAGAUUAGAGUGGCCCUCACCUUCAAAUCAGAGCUGAGUCGCGGUUAUCAGGAAGAGGAAAGCGUUGGAGGAUGGAAGCAGUCUGAAGCAUCUUAUUAAGUCUGGAAAUGGCAAUAAACAGGCUCUUUUGCUCAUCCGUAGAUGUCUCUGGUCUCAGAGUCCAUGUUUUUGAGAACAUAUUUUGAUGUUUUUUUAUCAUCAUUUUGGUUUGAGAAUCUCUUAUAUAAUAAUAUAGCAAAGUAUUUGGAUU